AUGGAGGACUACGGUGAAGGCUUCGUUGGUGAUUCUGCCGAAGCAAAAAAAGACAACAUGCAGAAGAAUCCAUGGCUUCAGUCUCUGAGAUCCAGGAAGCUGAUAGAGUACCUCGUCGGCCAGGCUUGUCUUGUAAGCCUGGGUGAUGAGAUAAUUGGUACUUUCCGCAUCGACAAGAUGAGUCCGGGAAUUACAUUGACCUUGACAUUCUUCCACGAUUUCGAGAACCCAUUCAUCGAACUGGAAGCCCAGAUUCGAACUGCUCGAGAAGAUGGGCACUUCAACAGUCAUUGGCCUUCUCAAGAAGCAUCUUUCAAAAUCUUCCGCGAAAAUAUCAAAGGCUUCGAGGUUAAGAAAGUGAUUAUGGACAACAGCAGUGACAAGGUAUAG